ACACCGACAGUUCCCCUCACUUCCUAUCAGAAAGUAUCUAAAGACUGAAAUUGUCAGUGAUGUGCUACUCUGGUUCAAAGCUGAGUUGUGCUGUGAUCUCACCAUGUUUAUCCACUGUACACUGGUUAUGCUGAUAUUUGCACUGACUCUUGAUGGCCAAGUUGAUGCAGGAAAAGUCAUUGGAGGUCACGAGGCUGUGCCGCACAGCAGGCCUUACAUGGUGAUUGUGUUAAGACACAUGGACAACGGCCAAACAAUGAACUGUGAUGGCUUCCUUUUGAAUGAGGAUUUUGUGAUGACUGCAGCCCACUGCCAAGGCAGGUCCUACACAGUCCAAUUAGGAGUUCACAAUGUCCACAGUAACGAUAUACAGGAGAUUAAGGUGGAACAAGCAUUUCCACAUAAAGACUACAAUUCAAAUUCUAUAAUGAAUGACAUAAUGCUUCUUAAGUUGGGCUCCAAGGCAAAGUUCAGCAAAGUAGUGAAACACAUUUCUCUUGCUGACCAGAGUGAUGAUUGUCUGCCAAAAUCAUGCAUAGUCUCUGGCUGGGGACUAACAGCUGAGAACAAUAAAUAUUCAUCGACUGUACUCAUGGAAGUCAACGUAACACUCACUGACAAUCAGCUGUGUGCUGAAAUAAACUGUUACUGCUCUGGGGGAGAGAAGGGACCGGGAAAGGGAGACUCUGGUGGUCCGUUGGUCUGUGAAGAUGGAAUAGCAUAUGGGGUGGUGUCCUUCAGCACCAAAAUAAGCCCAUGUGACCAGAAAAUCUAUGGCUAUACUAAGAUUCCUGACUACAUAAACUGGAUCAAGCAGACCAUUAAAAUGCAUGGUUAAGAUGUAAUACAUGAAGCCUGUUUUUUGAUCAAAUCACAUGUUUUUUUUGCAGUAUUUCAGUUUGUUAGUGUAAAGCUUGGGGAGCUCAUAAUUGAGAUGCUAAUAUCAAGACUAAUUCUAUUUACAUGGCAAGUACAUUUUUUGUCAAUAAAUAUUUUGCAAAUAAGUAUUAUGCAAAUUACAAAUUCAAACCAAACAGUUUUUAAUGGUUAAACUUUAGGAAGAUAAUCACUGCACACAAAUAAAGUGUGGCUUAAAACAUGAAAUGCGGAUUUAAUUCUUAUUAAAAGAUGUGAUAUGUGUGCUCUUAAACCUGUGUGUCAUCCUGCUAAUAAAUAUGUUACAACAUUA